AUUUAUUGCCCCAAGUUUCAGCAGCAGAGAAGAGUAUUCAAGAGGAAAGUCUGUGAUAGUAAAAUUAAAUUCGAGGUCAGGGAAAUUUUGAGUAAUUUAUCUUUGAAACAUGUUGCUAGAGCAUUGCUUUUAUUUAUGGAAAGAACAGGUUUAAGAGAGAGGGUUUAAGGGCUGCUGGGGCCUUCCUGCCCCACACUCCAUUCCAGAAGGUGGCGGUAAUGCACCUAAAGUUGCGUGCCAACUGCCAUUAAACAAAAAGAAGAAGAAGAAGACGAGGAGACAGAACCAGGAAGUUACAAACGGGCAAAGUUACAACACAAACCUGUGAAGAAUUUUGCGAUAACAGAAGAGUUGACGUUCGGAGUAACUCUCAUGUAUCUUUUCAAUAUUUAGGUUAUUUCUCUCGUCUCACCACAGGUCUGUAGCUGUUUGUAGUGCGCUGCUUUUUCGACGUUUGUCCAGAGUGUGAAGUUUGCUGAACACCGUUAUUGUCAUAUGUUGACAUGGAGUUACAGGAGGUCGAGAUGUGCUGCUGUGUAGUUAAAGUGUCGGAGGCAUUUUCGGCAAAGAAACCUGUGAGCUGCAGCGGAGUUAUCGUCCAUCCUCAAACGGGAACUGUCAUAUGCACCGGCCUCCCUUUUUCACGAUUUAUUACCAGCGGGGAGCUGCUCUCCUCGGACUGUGGGUUCCUGUCACCGCACAGCUUUAGCGACAAACUUAAAAUCCGCGUCAGCGUUUCCACUCCGCGACAUUUGGACACCGACCAGAACGCUCAGGGAGAAGCAUUCACACGCCCCAUGAGCAAAACAACACGACAACGGGAAGUUGCAGCCGAGUUGCUGAUGCUGAUGAACUGUAUGGAGUUCAGUCAGGCUUUCCAGGCAGUUUUCCAAGAGGCUGACCAGUGGCGUUUCCAUGGUGAUGAAGAGGAUAAGGAGCUGCUGAGAGAUGCCCAGUUCCUCAGCUGGUUUGCUGUACUCAAGACAAGCGUGGUGGUGGACCGCAGCUCAGAUUCACUGACCAUCCCCUGGCAGAACAGCUCAUCCCUGCAGAAAGGCUGUCCAGUUGUUGCAUGCGGUUCACCGUUUGGCUCCCUCUGCUUGGAUCUUUUCAUCAGCACCCUCAGCAGAGGUAUCAUCAGCAACCUUGCCGGGGAGGACAACGCCGUCAUCCUCACAGAUGCCCGCUGCCUGCCAGGCACAGAAGGUGGAGGGUUGUUUGUGGUGAAAGGUGCAGAAGAUGUGCGUCUCAUUGGGCUCGUCGUUUCUCCGUUUGGCUGGAAGGCGAAUGAGUGGAUAGGCCUCACUCUGGUCUGCUCAGUCCACUCCAUCUUCAGGAACAUCGUCCGCUGCAUGAGCGCCCGAGAUCCACUCCGAGAUGUUUGGCUCCAUCAGGGGGAAACAGGCCUUCACAUGUCCACCACAGCUCAACAGUCAAAAAGUGCUAAAUACCCCACUGUGUGCUUUGUGGACAGUGGACGGUUCUGGGGCUCCGGGGUUGUUGUCACCUCUCAGGUAGUUGUGACUUGCAGACAUGUUGUCAACGGGAAGUCUACAGUCACCCUGAAGUUCCGUCACAAGGACAGGGUCCGUAAUAUCAUUGGCGAUGUCCUGUUUUCCACUAAAGUGUCUUCACCCUAUGAUCUGGCUUUGGUGCAGCUUAGAGACUCCGUCCCAGAGGCAGUUGUCCCGCGAAUGUCGCAAACUUUCACUCCAGGUGAAUCUGUGGUGGUGGUGGGAUACGGUGGGCUGGGUCGGCUCUGUGGUCCGUCACUGACCAGCGGUGUCCUCUCCAAAACCAUCCGCUUCAAUCAUGAGCCCAUCAUGCUCCAGACCACUUGUGCAGUACAAGCAGGGACCAGUGGGGGUGCUGUGGUGCAGAAACACUCAGGAGAGCUGCUGGGUAUCGUGUCCAGCAACACAAGGGAUUUGGCUGCUAGUGUCACCUAUCCGCACCUCAAUUUCAGCAUCCCGGUGGCUGUUUUCCAAAAACUGUUGCAACGGUUUCACCAGACAAGGGAUGUAAAUGUCUUCAGGGUGCUGGACAGCGCAGAAAAAGAAGUGAGAAGAGUGUGGAGGCUGCAAGGUGCUCAAAGCAAACUAUAGUACCCCUGCACUUAUAGAUACAUUAGACAAAAACAUAACAUUUAAUUUAAUUUUGUGCAAUAUGAUAUUAGAUCAUCAAGCUGACAUGAGUAUUUUUGUUUGAAAUAAAACCAGUAUUUUCAAAUACAUGACACAUAUUUCACACCUCAAUCUGUUACAAACUGACACAAUGUUGUAGCUCUGAGGAGUAAAUGCUACUAAAACGUCAACAGAAUCAUGCCGUGAGCUGUGAAAUAUUUAAAAGACCACCUAACGCGAACAGCCAAGUUGGAAUUCUAUUAAUAAUUGUUUUUUUUAAUUGUAUUGUUUCCUAAUUAAAUUAAAUGUAUAUUUAGAUAA